AUGCGCUCGAUAUUCUAUACAUUAUUCGUCUCAGCUCUAGUAGCUGUUGUCUAUGCAUUUCCCGAUCACUCUGGUACCUGUCUUUCAGACCAAGCGACUAUUGAGGGUGUUCCCGGUUCACCCAUGGGGAAAAUGGUUACCACACUGAAUUACAAUUUUCAGAUUAAGAUGAAUAACAAUAACUACUUACCAAAAGGCUCUCCCGUCCAAUUUACUGUUAGCGGAAAAACUCCUUUCAAAGGUUUAUUGUUAUAUGCCGUGGAUAGUCAGAAAAAUCAUGUCGGCUCGUGGAAUACUCCAACUGGUUUUAAAUUAUUGACCAGUCCUCAAUGCAAGGGUGACCCGUCUGGAACUCUAUCUCAUGCUGAUGCCAACCCUAAAGGCCCCAAUCUUUCCUUUAUGUGGACCCCUCCUGCCAAUGAUGUUGGACCGAUUAACUUCGUUGGUACGAUUGUGCAAAGCGGUGAAGCUGGUUUCCAAAUCAUCAAGGUCCCAACAAACUUUACCGUUGCGGGUAGCAAAGUUACUGGUCCAUCCACAACCGGUGGAAGUGGAAAUUCUACCACCUCAACUUCCGGUUCUUCCGCUGAUCCUUCUUCUUCUUCCACACGUAGCGAUGCUUCAUCCCUCACAAGAUCUGCAUUACUAUUACAAUUAACUGCCGUCAUAACUUUGUUAUUCUAUUAUCUUUAA